ACAAUACCUUAUUGAACGACUCCAGGUUCAAUUGCAUUCAUUUAUUGAUAGCUUAAACGCAUUUUUGUAUAAAUCGAGUGAAAUUAAUUUGGAUGUCAUCUCAUUACAUGCUGUUAUCUGUAGUGUUGUAAAACACUAGACACCUGCCUGACAGCUGAUUUCAACAAACAUUUCGUUUGCUACUGAAACGUGAACAAGCUGGAAUAUUUUGUAUUAUACAUAUAUCAACAGCGAAUAAAUGUACGAGCCCUGCAACAAGUAUUAGACUGUGAUUGUUUGUGAUACUGUACGCUAGAAUGUCCUUGCAAACGGCCUUGGCUUUUAUUUUUACAAUAUUAGCUUCAGUUAGCAUUGUUGCUGCCAUUAUUUUGUUGGGCUGGUUCCUUAUUUGGAAGGCAUUUUUGUCGAAAUUUCGUUUGGUGCGUGAACUGCUGGGUCAGGAGGAAGAAGAGGAGCAGCAACAUCUAGUUGGGGAACAACAGCAACACGGUCGAGCACGUAAAGCGCGACGAGAUUAAGAUUAUUCAGCAAAAUAAAUUCUUUACACGCACAAA